GCAACCAGUCAUCCGCCGGCGACGAGGAAGAGGACAACUCAGCACCCGAACCAGGACCCAAAACGCUGGAAUACGCUUUUGUUUAUCCGAUUAAUAUGCACAGGAUUUAAUUAGCCAUAGAAGCCUUAGGAGGAGGGGGAGAAAAUGCGACCCAUUUGGGAGUCGGCCAGCAGGCCGCUGUUUGUGCGCUCCGUGUGGAAGGAGUCGAUCGGGAGACGCCACUUCAUCCUCGACUACGAGCCGCGACAGAGGCAGCGCUGGAAACGCCAGAAGACCAGGCUGAGGGGCAACUACCAGCAGACGCAAUCCUGCGAGAUCUUCGAGCAGUCCCCCGAGGAGAGUGUGGAGUACCUGGACGAAUACCUCUUGCUGGACGCCACCAAGCUGACGCUGCAGCAGCAACAGUCGCUGCCCGCUUUGGGUGGGCGGCCUGGCCCCGCCCCCUCGACGGGUGGAGGUCAGCGGGGAGAGCAGCGACACAACAGUCGCCAGUCGAAGCGCCGAGCAUGGCUGUUGAGUCGUGGACGGACCUAUAAUCUGGACCAUCACAUGGACCAACAGUCGCGGCGCAGUUCUCUGCAGGAUGCAGGCAGCACGCUGGCCACGACGUCCAACAAUCCCGAGGAGCGUCUGGCCGAAAGGGUGCUCCAUUGGCUGGACCUGGCCGGCCGCACGGAUAUCGUAAAGGAAAAGGUAGCCACUCCACCGGCCAGCAGUAGUGCCCAGUUGGCCAGAUCCGCCCAGAGGAUGCAGCGCAACCACCAUCGCAGCAUGAGUCUCAAGCGAGUGGCGGUGGCGGCAGCGAAUCACCAGAGAUCGGUGGCCAGGAAGCCAAGUGCCAAGCCGCCACCCGCCGUCCAGCAGCAGGUCACCAACUCCUCCUCCGCCUCCAAUGCCAAUGCCAAGCCCAUAACCAUCAUCUUCAACAAGGAGGGCGUGCCCGUGCGCCUCAAUAGACCCGCUCGCAACAUCGAUCUCUGCACCCUGAGCAGCAGUGCCAGCACCACCAGAAGAUUGGCGGGUCAGCUGGCCUCGGCCCGGCUGUACAGUGGAGCCACUGCAUCCCCGUUGCCGGAGGACAGCCGGACGCCGCCGCUCAGUGGCCGGGGAGUUGGGACCUCGGCAGCCUCCGAUAGCCGGAAGCAGCUGCACAUCUUUAUGCCCAGUCUGCCCAAGAAGGGUCUGUUGACGGUGGGCUCCACGGCGGGCAGCGGCAUCGGAGGUUCUGGCGAGGAUGCCCUGAGCACCAGCUUCAGUGAGCUGUGCCAGUUGUAGUCAGCCUCGGUCUAGUAAUUAAAUUCAGGUUCAAAGGGUGAACAUUGGAAUACCUAGGAUGGAACUUUAUCCAAUCCAAUUUUUAAUGUAGUUUAGUUAAAAAUAGUUUUAGUUGUUCAGUUAAAAAUAAUUACUUGGAGUUUAUAAUUGUGGAUAAUUAAAGUAUUUUUCAAGAUCGUUUGUUUUUAGAUUUUUUCUGCAACUUCAAAGUAUUCGUUAUUACUUUUGUUAAACUGCGGCCUAAACUACCAUGAAGAUUAUUCAAAUUAGUUGACCUUUCCAUCUUUCUUACCAUCAAGUUCAUUGACAUUCACGUGGUUAAUGCGGUUAAUUUGGAAAACUAUUUCUCAUCCUUUUCCUUGCCCAAAAGAAGAACUUUUUUCGUUUGUCUUGAAAGACAACCAGCGCUUUAUUUGUAAGUUCCAAAAAAAAACAAACCACUAGAGAACCAAAACU